CCCCCCAACAGGUUAGAGCGGUGAAUAGAUAAAGAGGCGGAGGGAUCCUAUCCGGUUUGAACUAGUUCUCUGGCUCGCAUAUUAACCGCUUGCAAGCGCUAGGGAGCCGACUAGUCUUUGUGAGUACUCCAUCUGCAGGAGGGCUCGCACAUAGAAAAAACAAAUAUAUAUAUAAAUAAGUGCAAGCAAGCCAGGGAUUUAAGUGUGUAGGCGUCCAUUUGCAGAGAAGGCUGCUAAGCGUUCCCGUUGCUUCUGUCUUUGGAUUCAAGCGGUGCACACAAGCCCUCAGUGCAGCCAUGCCUAAGAGAAAGCAGGUGAAUGCUGCUGAUGCUGCAGAUGCCAAGGAUGAGCCCAAGAGGAGAUCGGCACGGUUGUCGGCUAAACCAGCCCCACCAAAAGCUGAACCAAAGCCAAAAAAAGACAAGGCACCCGUAAAGGAAAAGCCUGAGGAGAAGGAGAAAAAAGUUCCAGCAAAGGGUAAAAAGGGAGCAAAGGGCAAACAGACAGAGGAAGCUAACAAAGAAGAAGCUAAGGAAGACCAGCCGUCUGAAAACGGAGAAACAAAAAGUGACGAGGCCCCUGCUUCUGAUGGAGGCGACAAGGAAUCAAAGUCUGAAUAACCUUCAUCUUGUACCGAGUCUUUUAUCAGUGGUUCCUGUACCUCCCUUGUACAAUUCAGAGGAAUAUUUUUAUCAACUAUUUUGUAAAUGCAAGUUUUUUAGUAGUUUAAUUCUAGAAAACACAUUUUUAAAAUAGGAGGGAAUCCCCACCAUUUUUUUGUUGUAAAAAAAAUUUUUUUUAAACACUUAUGAUUUGGUACAUUGCCCCUGUAUGGUUUGUAAAGGCUAUGAAUACUAUACCAGUUAAUACUACACCACAAACCAGUUACUGUGGGGAGUGCAAGCCUUGAGCAGUCUAAAAUGUUUUUUUUAUUUUGUUACAAAACGGCUAGUACUCUAUGCAGGCUGCCGGUCGAACAGGCAGUGCCCGAUACUGGUACAACUGGCGCAAAGAUCACGGCUAUUAAAAUGUCUUAACGUUUUAACUGUUCUUUGUACUCAUGUUGUCCUGCGUACAAUUUACACUUUUAAACUAAUAAAUCUCCCAAGGUGACGGAUUUCCCUCUAAAGAAUUGUGUACUAUCUGUGAUGUUACCAUUUUAUUUUUUUUUUUCUGGGUAGUGGUAUUUUAUUUUCAGUAACUUUGUAAAAGUGCUGUGAAUCUCUUCUGGGGAAACUUCUUUGAGUGUGUAGUGAGUGUGAUGUGAAGUAGGGAGAAAAACAAAAAGGACACGGCGGUUCAUGUGUUUGCAUCUCUUUCCUGCCAAGGUGGCACCUAUGCGUGUUCGCUCCUUCUUGGCCGAGAAAUGGGUUGAAUUAUUUGCAUCAAAGAUGCUGGUACGAGGGGUGCUAGAUUUUCUACGAAACAACUUCUCUCUGAACUUUAAAAAAAAAAAAAAAAACCGGAAAGCCGCUAGAAAAUGGAUUCCAAUGACUUCAACGACAUUGUUUUUAUUUUUUUUCUUUUUUCAUAUUUUUCCUAGAUUUCCAAUCUACUAGAGUUUUAAAAAGGAAAAAAAAAAUGUACAGAUUGUUCAUAGUGUCUGUGUACUGAUCACCAAACCAAUAAAACCUGGUUGAAAAAGUUA